GCUUUGGACAAGGAGCUCGUCCUGCCUGGAGGAUGCCAAGGUGGGAGCAGGAUUCCAGCUAACACCUGCUGGCCGUCUGAGAGGGACCUACCACCUCCUGCACUCCAGCUGCUCCGAGCCACUUCACCUCCAGCUGGGCUUUGGCUUUUCAUCCAGAGACUUUUUCACUCCAUCAGGAAAGGAAUAAACUCACCAAGAUGGUAAAGAAAAGGUCUGAUGUUUACUCAGUUGAGAUCUACGGGACAAAAGAUCUACAGAAAACAGAGAUUGAAGAUGAAGAUGAGAAGCACAAAGACUUAAAAGGCAACAAGAAAAACAAGAAGACAGAGGAACUUAAGAAAGAGCUGGACCUGGAUGACCACAAACUCAGCGUCUCGGACCUGGAGAAGAAGUAUGGCACAAGCAUCGACAAAGGUCUCUCUAGUGCCAGAGCAGCAGAGGUUCUGGCUCGGGAUGGUCCCAAUGCCCUCACUCCUCCCAAAGCCACUCCCGAAAUCGUGAAGUUCCUCAAGCAGAUGGUGGGAGGGUUUUCCAUCCUCCUGUGGAUAGGAGCUGUCUUCUCCUGGAUUUCUUUUGCCAUCCAGCUUGUCCAGAAAGCUGAAUCACCCUUUGACAAUCUCUACCUUGGAGUGGUCCUGGCCCUGGUUGUCAUCCUCACUGGAAUCUUUGCUUACUAUCAAGAAGCCAAAAGCACGAACAUCAUGGCCAGCUUCAGCAAGAUGAUCCCCCAGCAAGCUCUUGUCAUCAGAGAUGCAGAGAAGAAGGAGCUGCCAGCGGACCAGCUGGUGGUUGGAGACAUUGUGGAGAUCAAGGGCGGGGACAGGAUCCCAGCGGACAUUCGCCUCAUCUCCGCUCAGGGCUGCAAGGUGGACAAUUCUUCACUCACAGGGGAAUCAGAGCCACAGCCCCGCUCCUGUGACUUCACCCACGAGAACCCCUUGGAGACCAGGAACAUCGCCUUCUACUCCACCACCUGUGUGGAAGGCACUGCCACUGGCAUUGUCAUCAACACCGGGGACCGGACCAUCAUCGGCCGCAUCGCCUCGCUCGCCUCGGGGGUGGGCAACGAGAAAACCCCCAUCGCCAUCGAGAUCGAGCACUUCGUCUUCCUGGUGGCAGGAGUGGCCGUCUCCGUCGGGGUGCUCUUCUUCAUCAUAUCUGUCUCCAUGAGGUACCCGAUUCUGGACUCCAUCAUCUUCCUCAUCGGCAUCAUCGUGGCCAACGUGCCCGAGGGACUGCUGGCCACGGUGACGGUGAGUCUGUCCCUGACAGCCAAGCGCAUGGCCAAGAAGAACUGUUUGGUGAAGAACUUGGAAGCUGUGGAAACUCUGGGUUCUACCUCCGUCAUCUGCUCUGACAAGACAGGGACCCUCACCCAGAACAGGAUGACUGUGGCUCACCUCUGGUUUGACAAUCAGAUCUACUCAGCAGACACCAGUGAAGACCAAACAACCCAGCCCUUUGAUCAAACCUCUCCGUCGUGGACAGCGUUAUCCAAAAUCGUGACCCUCUGCAACCGGGCGGAAUUCCGGCCAGGCCAGGAGAACCUCCCCAUAAUGAAGAGAGUCGUGGUGGGAGAUGCCUCUGAAACAGCUCUGCUUAAGUUUUCUGAAGUAAUUUUGGGUGAUGUCAUGGAUAUCAGAGCACGGAACAAGAAAGUGGCUGAAAUUCCUUUCAACUCUACCAACAAAUUCCAGCUCUCCAUCCACGAGACCGACGACCCCAGUGACAAACGCUUCCUGCUGGUGAUGAAAGGGGCCCCAGAGAGGAUUUUGGAGAGGUGCAGCACCAUCAUGAUCAACGGCAAGGAGGAACCACUGGACAGCGAGAAGGCAGAAGCUUUCCAGACAGCCUACAUGGAGCUGGGGGGCAUGGGAGAGAGAGUGCUGGGUUUCUGCCACUUGUACCUGCCUGAAAAGGAGUUUCCAGACACCUACCAGUUCGACACCGAUUCCAUGAACUUCCCAACCUCCAACCUGUGCUUUGUUGGGCUCUUAUCCAUGAUUGACCCACCCCGUUCCACGGUGCCAGACGCCGUCUCCAAAUGCCGCAGUGCCGGGAUCAAGGUUAUCAUGGUCACUGGCGACCACCCCAUCACGGCCAAGGCCAUUGCCAAGAGCGUGGGCAUCAUUUCAGCAACCAGUGAGACCGUGGAGGACAUUGCCAAGCGCCUCAACAUUCCCGUGGAGCAAGUCAACAGGAGGGAAGCUACAGCAGCCGUGGUUAAUGGGAUGGAGCUGAAGGACAUGAACUCGGAGCAGCUGGAUGAGGUCCUGUGCAACCACUCCGAGAUAGUCUUUGCUCGGACAUCGCCCCAGCAGAAGCUGAUUAUAGUCGAGGGCUGCCAGAGGCAGGGAGCAGUUGUUGCCGUGACUGGAGAUGGAGUCAACGACUCCCCCGCUCUUAAAAAAGCAGAUAUUGGAAUUGCCAUGGGCAUUGCUGGCUCUGAUGCAGCUAAAAAUGCAGCUGAUAUGGUUCUGCUGGAUGAUAACUUUGCUUCUAUCGUCACAGGAGUGGAGGAAGGCCGCCUGAUCUUUGACAACCUGAAGAAAACCAUUGCCUACACCCUGACCAAGAACAUUGCUGAGCUCUGCCCCUUUCUCAUCUACAUCAUUGCCAGCAUUCCGAUGCCCAUUGGCACCAUCACCAUCCUGUUCAUCGACCUGGGCACAGACAUUAUCCCCUCCGUGGCACUGGCCUACGAGAAAGCUGAGAGCGACAUCAUGAACAGGAGACCUCGGAACAAGAGGAAAGACCGGCUGGUGAACGAGCAGCUGGCUGUGUACUCCUACCUGCAGAUCGGUAUCAUGCAGUCAGUGGGAGCCUUUGUGACCUAUUUCACCGUCUAUGCUGAGCAAGGCUUCCUCCCUUCCACCUUGCUGGGCGUGAGGGUCAACUGGGAAAGCAAUGUCAUCAAUGACUUUGAGGAUUCCUAUGGACAGCAGUGGACCAAAUACCAGAGGACCUAUCUGCAGUGGACGGGCUACACGGCCUUCUUUGUGAGCAUCACCAUUCAACAAGUCGCUGACCUGAUCAUCAGGAAAACACGGAGAAAUUCCAUUUUCCGGCAGGGCCUUUUUAGGAACAAAGUCAUCUGGGUGGGCAUAUUUUCCCAGAUAGGAAUUGCUUUGAUCCUCACCUACGGCCUUGGACACGUUACAGCCCUGAAUUUCACACCUCUCAGGUGAGUUUUGGUGCUGCUGAACUUCCCUUGCCCUC